CACAAGCCGCUCGCGUUCCACACGGACGCCACAGCGUAGUUGGUAGACCGACCACACGGCUUACGGAAGGAAGGAAGCCCUUCACACACAACUCUCCUGCUGACAUACAUCGACAGAGAGAGGAGGAACUUCAACAAGAAGGAGUCCCUUCCCUCCCUGUCCGCGCGCGGGCAACAGCCGCAGGUCUGCAAGAGGCCAGAAAUUUUUGCAACAAUAGCCUUCAGAGGGGAAACCAUGGCCGUCGCAGCCAUCCCGCCUCCCUCCAUGCCGUCCUCCAAGAAGAGAUGUUGGAAUCUGCUCGUGAAGGACGUCAGGAACCACGCCCAGGAGGACGAGGUGCUCUCCUCCUUCAGGAAGAGGUACACCUCUACCCGAAAGCUGGCCUUCCGGCCUGUCGCCGACUACGCCGGCGGCUCGACAACAACCUCCACCCCUCCUCCUCUCCCCACCGACACCACCACCACCACCAUCACACACGGCGGCAGAGCCUGCAUCGAGAUCCAGUUCACCGGCCCCCAGCCCAUCGAGGGCCCCGCAGGCCUGUUGUGCAGCCUUCUCGAGGCGACGUUCGUCUCGGCGCACCCCGUUCAGCUAGACCGGGGCCGCAAGCGGAAGACUCGGCCCGGCGGCGGCGGCGGUUCCCGCUCCUCCUUGUCCUCCUCCACACCGCCCUUGGCGGAAACAAGCGAAGAGGGGUGUUCGCGAAGCGUCGCGUUGAAGACCACCGCUGCCGACACCGCGAGCGCCACAGCCGGCGACAGCCCGGCCAGCAGCAGCAGCAGCAGCAGCGGCGGCAGCGGUGGCGCAGCAGGGGCAGCAAUGAAGAGUGGAGCAGCAGCAGCAAAGCACGAGGACCUCAGCGACUAUGUCAGCGACACCACCAGCUACGCCAGCAGCAGGACCAGCAGCUCCAGCGACCUCCUCGACCUCCUUGAUCACGACGACGGCAGCAGCAGCAGCAGCAGCAGCAGCAGCAGCAGCGACGCCACGUGGGCGGACGUCGGCGAACUACCCUCCACGUCGUCACCAUUCUCCCCGAACCAGGAGCAGCAGCACGCCGAUGACAUGGUCGUCAUCGACGACGACAUCUGCACGGCGUUCGGCGUAGCGUUCGGGGGCCAGGGGGGCCUGAUUCUCGGAGGAGGCGGCGGCGGCGGCGGCGGCGGCAGCCUCUCAGCCCCGGUCCCUGCCACCACCGCCGACUUCCCGGCGUCAUCGACGUCGCCGCCGCCGUGCCUGGGCCGUUCCUGCAGCGUCAUGACUGCCGAGGGCAACGACCUCCCCAGGUGGGACGAUGUUAUCCGCGGCGUGGAGUCGCCGCCGUCGUCGGGCGGGAGCAUCGACGAGGCGGACGCGAGCGGUGACCGGCUGCCUGCGGCGGCGGCGCCGCCGCCGCUCGGGGCAAGACCUGCCUCUGGUGACACCGACGACCCCGCGCCUGCCUCUGCCUCUUGCCCAGGCCUGGCCCGCGGCACCAGUUACGACGAGUGCAGAGCGGGCGUGAUGUCUCAAGAAGAGGCGGUCUCGCUCUUCGCCGCCGCUGGUGCAGCCACAGCAGAAGCCAAACCACCGGCCUCCGCCGCCGCUGCUUCCGCCGGACACGGCCAGUGGGAGGGGGCGCCCGAUGACAACCCGGACGCGCCGUUCUGCCCGGUCGCUCUAGAGCGCCACUGCUCGUCGACUUGGGCACUGCUUGACCCAACCAACGCCGGCGCUGCUGCGGCGGCGGUGACGGUGGCCGGGGAGGAAGGCGCCACCGACCACCAGCGUGCCAGCAUUGUCCCCGACCCGUGCCUAGCGGCGGAGUCGUCGGAGGAGCAGCAGCAGGCGAUUAUGUGGUACGGCGAGGGACCUCACCACUCUGCCGUCCCCGCUGGCGGCGGGCUCGAGAUGCCGCCACCCGGGGACUCGAUAGCGUUUGGUUGGUGCGAGCAGACGGAGGCAGCGGUAAACGAAGGGACGAAAUUUUUAAGCUACCAUCGAGUCACGCACGCUCAUGCCCCCCCUUGCUCGUUGACGAUUCAGGAGUGUGACUUUGAUGGGAACUGCGCCGCGACGCCUUCCAAGCCCCCCCGGGGACUGCCGCCUACCGCGGCGACAUCUUUCUUCCCAGAUCCAUCGGCGGCGGUGGCGGCCUGUACGUCUCGACCCUCGUCAAACUACCUCAACAACCGGUGCCGACUCGCCUUCUUGGGCCUCGAGAGCGAACUCCGCGAUGUCACCGUCUGCGCACGGUUCUCCGUCGACCCGGCGUCAAGGGUGGAACGGUUCGCGAGCUUGCCCUUAGAUGGGGCAGCCGGUGGCGGUGGCGGCGGCGACCCUGCCGGAGUCGUUGGUGGAAGACGGGGUCGAGCGGACGCGGCGGUAGAGUUCCCCAGCAUCAUGGAGAUCUGGCCGGAGGUGUACAAAGUGGACAACAUUCGCGUCAUGGAGGUGGACAUGGUCGUAGAAGUUCGAUCGUCAGAGGGGAAUAUCUUGUACACCGGGCCAACGCUCAAGUUGGUGGGCGCGAUGCUCGCGCCGGGAGUAGGGUAGCGGAUCGCAAUUUUGCGCGAUUUUUUGGUCCGUCGCUCGCGGGGAGUGCAGAAUGUGCGUCGAAAAUAUCGACAUCGGUAGAUCGGAGGGAGGGGGGGGGUUACUCAUUGUCGUGCAUGCCGUAGUUGUUAGACCAUUGACCUCGCAUCCCUACAAAGCCGGGACGGAGCACGCCGGGUUCUCACCGGACCAGGCUCUCACAUCACCAAGCGCGAAGCGCCGUGAGAUAUUCGGCGAGUCGCAUGAAGGGUGCGCUGCAUCCUGCUAAGGGUGUUCGGCAUCUUGUGCUUACUUCCUUGCGUACGGAUGACAGCUGCGUAUGAAUUAAUUUAUUUUCUGGUGCUUUCACUUCCAGAGACAGUUGUAAGCACUGUGUAACUGCCUCGAGGGUGCUUGACCAUUUUAACACAACGUGGUGCGAUCAUCCCCCUUGCGCGGAGUGAGGGUUCACCCCGCACAACAUGAUCUACUCAACCAUCAUUAUGGUUACCGCCCAAAAAAAAUAAACGGAGGAAAAAAAAAAAAACGGUAACCUGGUUGCCGAGUUCACGAAGUGAAUUGGCUUGUUUUACAACGUCGUUGCCAAGCGACGAAAACCCAAUCCCGAUAGGCAAACACGGGAGGGGGGGGGGUGUACUCAUAGUCGUGCAUGCCGUAGUCGUUAGACCAUUGACCUCGCAUCCCUACAAAGCCGGGACGGAGCACGCCGGGUUCUCACCGGACCAGGCUCUCACAUCACCAAGCGCGAAGCGCCGUGAGAUAUUCGGCGAGUCGUAUAAGGGCGCGCUGCAUCCUGCUAAGGGUUUUCGGCAUCUUGUGCUUACUUCCUUGCGUGUGGAUGACAGCUGCGUAUGACUUAAUUUUUUUUCUGGUGCUUUCACUUCCAGAGACAGUUGUCAGCACUGUGUAACUGCCUCGAGGGUGCUUGACCAAUUUUAGCACAACGUGGUGCGAUCAUCCCCCUUGCGCGGAGUGAGGGUUCUCGACCCCGCACAACAUGAUCUACUCGACCACCAUUAUGGUUACCGCCAAAAAAAAAAACGGGGGUAAAAAAAAAAACACGGUCACCUGGUUGCCGAGUUCACGAAGUGAAUUGGCUUGUUUUACAGUGUCGUUGCCAAGCGACGGAAACCCAAUCCCGAUGGCAAACACCGAGGGGGGGGGUAUUGGUGUGUCGUCGCUCAUGCGCCUGGUGCUCGACACUGUAGCGUAACGCGUACCACAUAUUUUAAUGAUGGAUGCAUCCCUUCACGCCUCCCUUCAUACCUUUUUCUCUGCUGUCGUUCUUCCUUUCACACGGUCCAUUCCGCGGCCGCCCUAUGGAUCACCCACCAGAUAACCUACCGGCGUUCCGCAGCACGAACGUCCGCUCCGACGGAUGCCGCUGCCGCUGCCGCCCUCAUGGCCUGACGGGAGAGGCUCUCGCGGAGAAGGUCGUUGUUUCCUAUCAGACAGAAAAAAUAUUCGUCCAAGGCGGGUCUUCGGUUUCAACACUAAUUUACAUGCAUCUGUCUUGUGUAGAGUGCCUCCGGAGGGGGGAAAGCCGUGGUGCGGGCGUGCCUGCUGCUGUGUGUAGAGUCGAGGGAGGGAAGGAGCCCCGUCGGAGGGGCGAGAGCUUCGCUCGCUCUUGUGUUCCCGAGAAUUUUUUUUGCAGUACUGUGUAUCGACCCUGGUCCGGUCCACAGCAGCAAUCCUCGGCAGACAUGGAAGGCGGUUUUUGAGAGGGUCUAUCGAGGCGGUACUUUUCUCUGGCGUUUAUUUCAUCGGGAACUCUUUGUGCUUGUCUUUCUUGAGUAGGUCUUCUGGUGGUGCUGGUGGUGGUGCUGCCGUUAUUGUUGUACUAUCUGCGCAAUAGUUGCUGCACACGCGGGGUGCUUUGUCCAUGCUUUUAGGGUCCGUCAGCCCCCUUCGUGAUCGUGUUUCCUGCCUAUUAAUUGUUGUUGUUGUGCAAUGGGACGGCUAGCCAUACCUGUUGGCUGUCUGUGUACGCCCCUUGUCCGUGUUUGUGUCUUCCUCAUUUGCAUCGACCGUGCUAACCGGCUGACCACUGAAAGUACACCAGUCUCAGUGCGGUGUGUGUGUGUGUGUGUGUGUGUGUGUGUUUACUACUCGCGUCGAUCGCGCGCUAGCCGGCCGACCAAUCAAAGGACCUCAGUCUAAGCGAGACUGAAAACAGAAAAGCAGGCGCUUCUUCCAAGACCAUGAUCUGGGAUCCCGUGAGGAAGUGUCAUGGGAGAGGCUUUGCUUCUGUGUGCACGGCCAGCUUGUUUUGCCCGGUUGUUGCGGCUAUCGUCGUACGUGCUCACGCAGAUAGGUAUGUUAUGGUGAGCUCGAUGACCUGGUUUUGGCAGGACUGCAUCAUUCCUCGCGUGGCGAAAGACAGUAACUUUCCUGGGGGUGGGGGCUCCGCAUCGUGUCUUGUGCGCGGUUUGUGUAUUUUUGCGGGAACUCUGUGGUUGUUGUUAUUGUUCGUGUCCAGUCCUUCCUUACCCACUCGCGUGGCCCCUCUGCUUGUCUUUUCGCGGGUGUGGGCUUGUGUGCGGUGUACUGUAGUGCUUGCUGGUUGUACUGUCCAAUAGGUUCUCGAUUGCUUUUAUCUUUUUCAGGGUGAUUUUCCGCCCUGGGUGGGGGGAGAGGGGCGCGUGAAAUUGUGCGUGUGCUCGGUAUUCCGUCGUCUCGACUCGUUCCUCGCUUGAAGGAAGGUAUCUACGAGCCGUAUGGGUCGCUUGGAAUUUCGGUUGGCGGGCUUGAACAACGGCGACAACCCUUGCACAUUUCAGCUUGUGCGCUCUACCUGCCGAAGGUGGACUUGUCGUUGUUUUAACGACCUUUUCGUCCGGGUGUUACAAGCAACUCAAAAGUAUCUGUACGGGUGAGCGAUUUACUCGCUGGGGUAGUAGUAAUCAUUCGACAACCACCUUUCAGAGAGUGGUGUGAUGUGAUGUGAUGUGAUGUGCCGUGGCGCAAGUUUUGGAAGUAUUGUGUGUCUUUAUUAUUAGCAUUGACCGUGCUAACCGGCUGAUAACUGCAUGAAUACGUUAUGUGUGUGUUUUGCUGCUCCUUCUGGUGGAUGACGAUGGUUGCUUGGCUUACGGAGGAUAGGCGACGAUUUCUGUUUGGGCGGAAGGGAUGCAUGUGCUAUGCUUAGCUCUCUCCCCCAUCGUAUCCCCCGCGUACAGAUUUCUCGGCUGAUCGCGUCUAGCGGGGUAUUGUAGUGGUGGUCAUGAUGAAGUUAUCUCCUUGUUGUGGACUGGCAGUAAGUGCUCUUAUUAUGUUGUUGUUUAAGACUACUACUCUGUUUGCACGCUUGAUUAUUUUCGGGUGUGGUCGGCCUCUUGACGUACGUGUGGUGGGGAGUGGGUGACCGCGAUGGCAUGCAUUGUAACACGUGGGCUUGAGCUUGGGUUGCGUGUACUGUAUAGACUAUAGUUCGAGCCUCGUCGCCCUUCCUUGUGGGCUCUUACAACUAGUUUCCGUGGUUUGCGGUCUGUCUUGUCUUCCGGGGACAUGAUCCCUAACUGAUUGCGUGUAACUCUGGGGUGCCUAUGAAAAGAGGUGCUUACAUUGCACGCGCAUAGGUCCGAAUCGUUUGGCGCCAGGAGGUCGGGAGGAACGCCAGGCGGAAUUUGAUGUAUGUAGUUCCUGCCGUCCUAUGACCCGUCAUGUGUGAUUUAGAGUUUUUUCGAAGGAGAAUCAUACAGUUGAACGAUCGAUAUGCCGUGCUGUACGGGGUGUUUUGUUUCGUGAGAACGUGUAACAAUAAGAAGAGCAAGCGCUUAGCUUGGCGAUACGGCGCAGGACCGCAUGGCACUUCAGACUACAUGCUUUGUGUGGUAACUGCUGCUGUUGCAUUGUUUGUGCUUGUCAGUCGUUUGUCGUUCCGUCUGCCCUACUACCGUAGCACGUUCGGUGGUGGAGGCAGGUGGGGGAUACUUCCUGGCGAUAUCAUUCCCUGACUCCGAGGCUUCUACACAUGUGACAUGUUUCUAUUAAUCAGCUCCCGUGCCUGCUGAUAUACCUCGCUUUCGAGCCGCUAACGUUCGAACAUGAUGCGGGCUCCUCCCAGCUUUCCCUUGUAUGAGUGGGUCGGCUAUAUGUGCCCCCUAUCAUUCCCGCGUGUCUGUCGAUGUCGAUCUUGUCAUGUUUCGCUUUGUGGUUUGUCUUCUUUCGACGGUGGUGGGAUCUUUCGAGGUCACUGCAUUCUGUUUGCUCGCAAUGUGGAUCCUAUUAUUUUACAUUGUUAUUUCAGGGUUCGGAUGGCCACGGGAUUCCAUGUAUUUGUUCGUCGAGGAAAACGGGGAAAGAGAAAAGAAGUGAUGUUGGCAAGGGGGCACAACCG